UUGGACAAAAGGAAAGUGAGCGCUCCAGAAAGAUUGGUUUGCCUGACUUACUUUGCUUUUCUUAUAAAAGGUCUUGGAAUUGGCACCUCUCUGCAAUUUUGUGGGUGAAGCUUUUUCUUGAAUAUACAGAGAUAGUGGUAUAGAAAUAUAUCUUUGUGAUCAUACAAGAUGACUGUGAAGAAUAAUGGGUUGAGUAAAGGUUGUGUUUCUGAAGAAUUAAGGAAACUGCUGAUAUCAUUGGCAUCAAGCUGGGGAGAUGUUAUCGAUGACCCGAAAAAGUUGCGGGUGAUCCCAUUGAAGGGUGCUAUGACAAAUGAGGUUUAUCAGAUAAAUUGGCCUAUUGAGGCAGGCACAAGAAGCGUUCUUGUUCGGGUCUAUGGUGAAGGUGUUGAGGUUUUUUUCGAUCGGGACAAUGAAAUUAGGACUUUUGAGUGCAUGUCUGAACAUGGACAUGGGCCUCGCCUUCUUGGGAGGUUUGCAGAUGGGCGUGUGGAGGAGUUUAUCCAUGCAAAGACACUAUCAGCUGCUGAUCUUCGUGAUCCCGAAAUAUCUGCUCUGAUAGCUGCUAAGUUGAGAGAGUUCCACAGGCUUGAAAUGCCAGGGCCUAAGAAUGUAUUCCUAUGGGACAGAAUGAGAAACUGGGUUGGUGAGGCCAAAAGAUUGUCUUCUCCGAAAUACGCAAAGGAAUUCUGCUUGGAUACUCUGGAGGAGGAAAUCAGUAUGCUGCAGAAGGAGUUUUCACAGGACCACCAAGACAUUGGGUUUUGUCACAAUGAUUUGCAGUACGGAAACAUAAUGAUUGAUGAGAAAACAAGGGCAAUCACUAUAAUUGACUAUGAAUAUGCAAGUUACAACCCUGUUGCCUAUGACCUAGCAAAUCACUUCUGUGAAAUGGUAGCGAAUUAUCAUACAGAUACACCUCAUAUCUUAGACUAUAGUAAAUACCCAGACCAGGAGGAGCGCCAUAGAUUCAUCCGCACAUACCUCAGCAGUGCAGGUAACCAACCAAGUGACAGUGAAGUUGAAAAAUUAGCCUGUGAUGCAGAGAAGUACACUCUUGCAAAUCAUCUAUUUUGGGGCAUAUGGGGAAUAAUUUCGGGUCAUGUAAACACGAUUGAAUUCAACUACAUGGAGUAUGCAAGGCAGAGGUUUCAGCAGUACUGGCUCAGAAAGCCCCUGCUUUUGGGUUCCUCGAAAGCUAGAUCUGAUAGUGUCAUCAAUGAUUCUUCUAUAUCUCCCAUGUGAAGUUGUAAUUCUUUUCAUUGGUACUGGAUUGUGUAAAUUCAUGUAAAAUUACGUUCAGUGAGGAGUAUAGUUAGCAAAUAUAGAUAUGCAGAACAAGUCAUAGGGUGUAUUGUUUGAUUCACUGGCAUAUCAACCUCAUUGUUGCAACAACCAAUUCAGCCAAAUCUAUGUUUCUAUUAAAGUUGGAUUGC